ACACGGAUACAGUAUUAAUAAUUAUCAAAUUAAAUACGUCAGUUAUAUUAAACAUUUCAUACAGAUUACAAUGGUCCCUUACACCAUACAAUUUAAAUGACUAUUUCAGGAGUAAUCGUAAAUUAAAGUUUCAUUUCGAGCCAUAUACCUUGUACGAAAUAUUAAGACACUAUCCGCAGUUAGUUCUAAUUUUUACCACCUUAUGUGCUGGGAUCGGUUUACUUACCCCCACCAGGUACUUCGCACGGUCCCAAUAGCAGUAUACUUUUAGUAUAAAAUAGCUAGUGUAUAUCACUGUAGCUGAGGGAUAUGACUAGCAAAAUUGUAAUCAGAGGUAGGUAUACUUUCAGAGUUAUUGAUGUUAAACAUUACGAGUAAAAGCCACGCAAUCGCUAAAUCUUCCGUCGCAAGUUUCGUGCGGCACUCCAUAUAUUGUUCCUUUCUAAUUGUCUGACUUUACGCUCCCUCUAAGUUUAAAUAAAUAAUGGCAGCGGUUGCCUAACUUUAUGAACGUGCUGCUUUGAAGCCGGAAGUGGCGAAUUCGAAUCCUUUUGUAUUAGGCCAAGUAUGCCAACAACAACAAGACACACGGAAUUUGUUACUUUCAGAUAAUUUACAGGUAGGUAGGUGGGUAAGAUUGUUUCAUUUUCCAAGUACAAGUUCCAAUAUAGGUCGGGUUAUUGAAUCAAAUAGUUAUGAAUCUAUUUUUAACAAGUAGAUACCUCUGAGAACGAUACUACAAUUUUUAUAUUCACGGAAAAAAUUGAAAAAUUUACGCUUCCGGCAGGACUUGAACCCGCAAGUCUGCAAUCCGUGCAUUACUCUAAACCAAUUGAGCUAAAGAAACCUUGCAUAUAUUUCCAUUCCUUCCCUUAUGUAUACACACGCCUUCUGGGGUGGCGUAAAGUGACAGCUACCGAAAGACGAUUACACCUUUUAACGGCACCGGAGUCUCGGGUUUUUCCCUUCAAUAUAAAAAUUUCAAAUAGUUGUGAUCAAUAAUGAAUUAUUUUGGUGACGUGAAUUGACGUGAAAGUGAUUCAAUUAUGUCAAUAAAACUACUCCAAUUUUUAUUAUCAGUUUGCUUAAUUAACCAUUCCUCAAGAAUCACUUUAUCGAUAGGUGAAAACCGCGUUCAGUGUUUUUCAGUUUAUCGCGAACAUACAUACACACAGACAGACGCGGCGGGUGACUUUGUUUUAUAAGUAACUAUGUAGUGAUAAAUGUUGAACUAAAACAAAACAAAAGUUUUACGUUUCACUUUCAUAACGGUCAGUUCUCCAGUUGGCUUUCAGCAAUGAUAUUAAUUAGGUUAGUGUCAACAUUUAAUUAACAACAACUUAAUUCCAAAUUGAUUUUGGUAGUUUUUUUUUAAGCUAUUUUAUUUUCGUUUGGACAUACGGUUACUUAAUAAUAUACUGUUUUCUAUCUGUCAAUAUAACGCGGAUUCAAUGAAGAAUCCUUUUCAAAAAUGCAAACAAAAUACCUUAUUGAAUCUUCUUUCAGGUUAUUUUUUGUCCUUAUUUUCUGUCAAACCGCCUUGGGCUUCUGGGACAUGGGAACGUCCACAGAGGCCCUGCCUAAAGACAUGCGAACGCGGCUGAGCAUGUUUCAGUGGCAAGUGCAGACCGACUGGUUCGAGUUCUGGUUCCCGGAUUGGGACUGGGCGGACUCUUGUUAUAGACGGCGUAUGAGCGUCGUAGCUGGGAUAUCUAUACAAUUUACAAAUCUCGGUGUGGGGAGCCUUAUUAACCGGCGGACAGUAAUCACAUCAGCGAACAUUGUAGAAGCUCACUUAGAUGUGGCGCAGGAUCUCCGCGUAUGGGCACUUGGUCGAGGGACUUACUACUACACACCUUUCAGGUAUCGAGUUUGGAGAGCCCGAAGAGUCAUACCCAAGAGCAACAACCCAGAACACGAACACGGCCCAAGAGGAACGCAUAUUCCGAGACACGACAUCUCCAUCAUCCACACCAGAGAACAAAUGUAUUUGUAUCCGUACAUGCCGCGCACGUACCACUAUUCAAUAAGAGCGCUCAUCCCCCCAAAGCAUAUGUCACUUCCGGAUGACAUGAUAUUCGCAGGGGCUGGUUUCGAAGACCUAACGCACAUCAAGGAGAACUACAAAAUAAAUUAUCAGACGCUGCACAAACGUGAAAUCGUCGACUGUUCCCGAUACCUCGUCAAAUGGUGGGGCAAAUUUAUAUGUUUUAAGAGUAAUUACGACCAGAAGAAAAGAGCUGGAGUGCCCGCUGGAGGCCCGGUAUUGACAAACGAUAUGCACGUUGUGGGGAUAGGAUGUUUUGAGAUAAGGUACAAUGAAGAUCGUAUAUCGGUGUUCACGGAUGUGAGGUACUACGUUGACCACAUUUAUGUACUGUCCAAUAUUACUUGGGGAGAGUACUAUGACUAUGCUUAUCAACUUUAUGGUAAUUAUUUAAGUUGGUUUUGGUUGGGAAAAAAUCAGGCUUUCAUACCGGCUUGGUCGAGUUAUAUUAUGCAUGACAAUUUUGCUCCUUUGGGAAAGUAACUGUAGGUAUAGGAAUAAUUAUUAUACCUAACUGUAAUUAAAAACUUCAAUAAAGUUUUAUUAAUCUGCUACCCCAAAACUAUUGGAUCUAUAACUCUAUGCAGUAGGUUGGUAAUCUUGCACUUAUAAAAACGCAAAUAUCAAAACUCUCGAGGUUGAUCGUAUUUUAAAAUAAUCAUUGCUCUUAGGGAUAA